AAGCCGUAUUCCUGUCCUGAUUGCGGGAAAUGUUUUUUACGGAAGUCCAAUCUUUACACACAUCAGAGAUCUCACACGGGGGAGAAGCCGUAUUCUUGUCCUGAGUGUGGGAAAUGUUUUUCACAGAGAUCCAGUCUUUUCACACACCAGAGAUCUCACACGGGGGAGAAGCCGUAUUCCUGUCCUGAGUGCAGGAAAUGUUUUUCACAGAAGUCCCAUCUUUCCAAACAUCAGAAAUCUCACACGGGGGAGAAGCCGUAUUCCUGUCCUGAGUGCAGGAAAUGUUUUUCACAGAAGUCCAAUCUUUCCAAACAUCAGAGAUCUCACACGGGGGAGAAGCCGUAUGCCUGUCCUGAGUGUGGGAAAUGUUUUACACAGAAGUCCCAUGUUUACACACAUCAGAGAUCUCACACGGGGGAGAAACCCUUUUCCUGUACUGAGUGUGGGAAGUGUUUCCGUUUUAAAUCCAAACUUAAUGUGCAUAAAAGAUCUCACACAGGGGAGAAGCCGUAUUCCUGUCCUGAGUGCGGGAAAUAUUUUUCAAAGAAGUCUGAUCUUAAUAGACAUCAGAGAUCUCACACGGGGGAGAAGCCGUUUUCCUGUCCUGAGUGCGGGAAAUAUUUUUCAAUGAAGUCCGAUCUUAACAUACAUCUGAGAUCUCACACGGGGGAGAAGCAACAUUCUUGUCCUGAGUGCGGGAAAUGUUUUUCAGAGAAGUCCCAUCUUCACACACAUGAGAGAUCUCACACAGGAGAGAAGCCGUAUUCCUGUACUGAGUGUGGGAAAUGUUUUUCAGUGAAGUCCAAUCUUACCAAACAUCUGAGAUCUCACACGGGGGAGAAGCCAUAUUCCUGUACCGAGUGCGGGAAAUGUUUUUCAAUGAAUUACGAUCUUAACAUACAUCUGAGAUCUCACACGGGUGAGAAGCCAUAUUCCUGUCCUGAGUGCGGGAAAUGUUUUUCAGUCAAGUCCAGUCUUUACAAACAUCAGAGAUCUCACACGGGGGAGAAGCCGUAUUCCUGUCCUGAGUGCCGAAAAUGUUUUUCACACAAUUACGAUCUUUACAGACAUCAGAGAUCUCACACAGGCGAGAAGCCACACUCCUGUCCUCAGUGCGGGAAAUGUUUUUCACAGAAGUGCGAUCUUUACAGACAUCAGAGAUCUCACAGAUAUACUGAGACAUUUCAUUGUCCAUUAUGUGAUAACCCUGUUUUAAAGCCUUUUGAUUAUCAGGUAUAA